AUGAACCCGGCAGAGAAUAUUGGUGCAAUUGUGAAAGAUAAAGUUGAAGAACUGAUGGCAGCGGAAGAUCGUGAAGACAGAUACAAUUAUGAUAUUCUGAAAACCAAUCUUGAGAUGGUGCUUCAAGAUCUUGAAGAUGACAUCGAUCUUUUCGUUGAUUUGUUGUGCUCAAUGAGAAAAAGAUUUGAUGCUCUCAAAGCUGCUCGAGGAGGUCAUACCAAUUUUUAA